CCAGCGGAGGACGGACACAAUAUGGAUAAACCAGAUGAGUUUGCACGCAACUCCAGCAGUCUCCUGUCUGAAGAUCAGUUCCUGUGUUCCAUCUGUCUGGAUGUAUUAACUGAUCCAGUCUCCACUCCAUGUGGACACAACUUCUGUAAAAUCUGCCUUACACAGUACUGGGACAACAGUCAACAUUAUCAAUGUCCAUUAUGUAAAGAGACAUUCAUCAAGAGACCUGAACUGAAGAUCAAUACAACACUGAGAGAGGUUGUGGACCACUUCAAGAAAAGUGGUCCUGAUAAUCUUGAGAUUCUUUGUGACGUCUGCACUGGAGUGAAGCUGAAAGGCCUGAAAUCCUGCCUGGAUUGUGGUGUGACCUUUUGUAAGACCCAUUUAGAGCCGCAUACAGUUGGAAAACUUAAGAAACACAAACUAAUCAACCCAGUGGAGAACCUGGAGGACUACAUAUGCCAGAAACAUGACAGGCCCCUGGAGCUGUUCUGUAAAUAUGACAAGACGUGUGUGUGUCAUUUCUGCAUUGAAACAGACCACAAGAAUCACAGUGCUGUUCCUAUAGAAGAGGAAAGUGCAGAGAAGAAGGUGAGAUCUUUCUGUUUGAACAUAAUUAUGAAGAAUACACAUUCAUUUAGAUAAAGUUAUUAUAAAUAACACCCACUUACA